ACAACACAACAAACAAAGCCCUAAUGCGUUGUGUUUGAGUUUGGAGUAUAGAAAAAGCGUUUGUUGAGAAGAAAAACUUUGAAUUGGUGAGGUAGCGGUGGAGUGAAUCAUUUCCCUCGGAAUUCAAUUACAAGUGUGAGAGAGAGAGAGACUUAUCUGAUCGAAAGGGGAUGUCGGAGAUGGCGAGCACCGAUCCCGAGGGAGUUGACGGAGUCCGCAUGACGUGGAACGUGUGGCCUCGCAGCAAAGUGGAAGCCAGCAAGUGCGUGAUCCCACUCGCCGCCACCCUCGCCGUGAUCCGUCCUCACCCGGACAUCCCACGCCUUCCCUACGCGCCUCUCCGAUGCAAAACAUGCUCCUCCGCACUCAACCCUUUCUCGCGCGUCGACUUCAACGCCAAGAUCUGGAUCUGUCCUUUCUGCUACCAACGCAACCAUUUUCCCCCUCACUACAACGCCAUCUCCGAAACCAAUCUUCCCGGCGAACUCUACCCGCAAUACACCACCGUCGAAUACAAUCUCCCUCUCUCCAAUUCUCUUCAUCCUUCGCCGGUUUUUCUCUUCCUUCUCGAUACUUCUCUCAUCGAGGAAGAGAUCCAGUUUCUCAAAUCUGCGCUUCGUCAGGCUAUUGGUCUUUUGCCUGAUAACGCUCUCGUUGGUUUCGUUUCCUAUGGUACGCAGGUUCAGGUUCAUGAAUUGGGGUUCUCCGAUAUGUCUAAGGUUUAUGUCUUCCGUGGUUCUAAGGAAAUUCCCAAGGAUCAGGUUUUGGACCAGCUUGGUCUUGCUACCUCUGGGAGGAGACCUCAUAAGGGUGCUCCUGGUGGUGUUGGUGGUGGAUUUCCCUAUUCUGGCAUCACGCGCUUCUUGUUGCCUGCUUCUGAUUGUGAAUACACCCUCAACGCGCUGUUAGAUGAAUUGCAAACCGAUCAAUGGCCAGUUCCACCUGGUCGCCGCCCUGCUCGCUGCACCGGAGUUGCCUUGAGUGUUGCUGCGGGGUUGCUGAGUGCUUGUAAUCCUGGGACUGGCGCUAGGAUCAUUGCUUUGGUUGGGGGCCCAUGCACGGAAGGACCCGGCGCGAUUGUGUCAAAAGAUCUAUCUGACCCUGUGCGUUCUCAUAAAGAUCUUGAUAAAGAUGCAGCACCAUACUUCAAGAAAGCAGUCAAAUUUUAUGAGGGUCUUGCAAAACAGCUGGUUAGCCAGGGUCACGUUUUAGAUAUUUUUGCAUCAGCACUUGAUCAGGUUGGAGUUGCAGAAAUGAAAGUUGUGGUUGAAAGAACUGGUGGCCUUGUUGUCCUGUCUGAAAGUUUUGGCCAUUCAGUCUUCAAGGACUCUUUUAAGCGUGUUUUUGAGGAUGGGGAGCAAUCUCUAGGUCUUUGUUUCAAUGGAACCCUGGAGAUAAAUUGCUCAAAGGAAAUCAAAAUUCAGGGAAUAGUUGGACCUUGCACAUCAUUGGAAAAGAAAGGCCCUUCUGUUGCUGAUACUGUUAUAGGUGAGGGAAACACUACAGCAUGGAAGAUGUGUGGCCUUGACAAGAGUACAUGCUUGACUGUAAUGUUUGAUCUUUCAUCAAGCGAUCGUUCAAACACCCCAGGUGCUGUCAACCCACAAUUGUACCUACAGUUCCGUACAAGUUACCAGGGCCCAGAUGGUCAAUCAGUGCUUCGGGUUACAACAGUAACUAGAAGAUGGGUAGAUAGUUCUGUGAGCUCUGAGGAAUUGAUUCAAGGAUUUGACCAAGAAACUGCUGCUGUGGUAAUGGCUAGAUAUGCUUCUCUGAAAAUGGAGACUGAGGUAUGCCACAAGUUCAAAAUUUUUAUAAACAAAUUCCUUGCUGAGCAUCAAUUCUUGUUUGAUCAGGAAACAUUUGAUGCCACGCGUUGGUUGGAUCGGUUCCUCAUUCGCCUUUGUUCUAAGUUUGGUGACUACCGCAAGGAUGAUCCAUCAUCUUUUACAUUAAACCCAUCAUUUUCACUUUUCCCUCAGUUUAUGUUCAAUCUGAGACGCUCACAGUUUGUACAGGUUUUUAACAACAGUCCAGACGAGACUGCAUACUUCCGCAUGUUGUUAAACAGGGAAAAUAUUAGUAAUGCUGCUGUCAUGAUUCAGCCAUCACUGAUAUCUUAUUCAUUUAAUUCACUUCCUGCACCAGCAUUGUUAGAUGUGGCUUCCAUUGCUGCAGACCGGAUUUUGUUGUUAGAUGCAUAUUUUAGUGUGGUUAUUUUUCACGGGAUGACAAUAGCUCAGUGGCGCAACUUGGGAUACCAGAACCAACCUGAACACCAGGCAUUUGCACAACUAUUACGAGCACCACAUGACGAUGCCCAAAUGAUAAUUAGAGAACGAUUCCCUGUUCCUAGAUUGGUAGUGUGUGACCAACAUGGUUCCCAGGCUAGAUUUUUAUUAGCAAAACUGAAUCCCUCAGCAACAUAUAAUAAUGCGCAUGAGAUGGCUGCUGGUUCAGAUGUAAUCUUUACUGAUGAUGUGAGCCUUCAAGUUUUCUUUGAGCAUCUGCAAAGGCUGGCUGUCCAAUCUUGAGGGCAGAUAAUAGUAAAGAUUGACAGUUUCUGGGUUCUGAACUUUGGUAUGGGGAAUUCACCAAUGAUAUGUGUCCUGCAUUAUGCUGUUGCACUCGGUAGUUUUCCUUUCUUUCCUUUAUUCUUAACAAAGAGAAGGUUGGAGCCUGCGUGAAUUGAAGAAUAAGGAAGGAAGACCUGAAACAUGAUUCUUUAGGGUUCUGGUCGAAUUUUGUGUAUUGGAGAAAAUAAAGGGUCAAAAGUAUGUUGAGUUUGGGUAUUUGCGGAAAGAAAGAAUAGAAAACCGAGUUCUCCCUCUGCCACAGCAGACAGCAUUGCAAUUGAGGGGAUAUUUUUGACUCAUUUUUUCCCAUUUGUUUUCGCCCAGAUUUUAAUUUUUGGGUUCCUCAUAUGGAUUAAUUUAUAUAGUUGUUUUAGUUUUAAAUGCUCCCAGGUUGCAAAGUAACGGAUGUCAUUUUGUCAUGUUGGAGUUUAUAUCAGUCAUUCUCUUUUUAUACUGUUUUGUAUUGUAUAUUGUGAAGGAAGCAUAUAGGACAGCUUUGGUGAAAUGAAUACUUUCGGAUUCCUGUUUUCGUU